AUGAACACAUCGGUUCGCCCCAAACAUUGCUCUUUAGUUGCUCACACCCUCCCAACGAGGAACACGAUGCAGACCCUGGAGGGCACGCCAGCCCUCGUUCACGCAGGGCCCUUCGCCAACAUCGCCCAUGGCAACUCCUCCAUCAUCUCUGAUCUUAUUGGCCUUAAGCUCGUCGGCAAGGGCGGCUAUGUGCUCACCGAGGCCGGAUUUGGCUCCGACAUGGGCGGCGAAAAGUUUUUCAACAUCAAGUGCUACUACAGUGGCCUCAAGCCGGACUGCGCCGUGAUCGUUUGCUCGGUGCGGGCCUUGAAGCUCCACAGCUGCGAGGCACCGAAGAUUGUGGCCGGGCAGACGCCGUCCAAGGAGUACAGCGAGGAGAACCUUGAUCUGGUUCAGAAGGGCUGCUCCAACCUGGUGGCGCACAUCCAGAACGUGCGCAAACACGGCGUGAAGGCUGUCGUAGCCAUCAAUCGCUUCGGCACGGAUACUGAUGCGGAACUUGAGCUUGUCAAAAAGGUCGCCCAGGAGAACGGCGCCUUCGCAGCGGUCGUGGCUGAGCACCACGCCAAGGGGGGAGCUGGAGCGACGGCCUUGGGUGAGGCGGUGAUGUCUGCCUGCAAAUCGGGACCGUCGGAGUUCAAGUUCCUCUACGAUGCGGAGAAAGACUCCAUCAAGACCAAGAUCUUGAAAGUCGUGCAGGAUGUCUACGGCGGAGCUGACGUGAAGUAUUCGGCCAAGGCGGAAGCCGUCCUGGCCAAGUACGAGUCCGACCCGGCAAUCCGCUGCCUGCCGAUCUGCAUGUCCAAGACUCAGUACUCCCUGUCGGACGAUCCGAAGAAGCUAGGCGCGCCGAAAGGAUUCACCAUCACAGUGCAAGACAUGUAUGUGAGCGCUGGUGCCGGCUUUAUCGUGGUUUCGCUCGGUGACAUCACCUUCAUGCCUGGCUUGCCCAUCAAGCCGGCCUACUACAAAAUCGAUUUGGAUUUCAGCCAGCACCCGCCCCGGGUGGUGGGUCUAUCUUAG